UUGUUUAGGCAUUUAUACAGGGCAACCCCGGUUGUCACCCCCAACAAGGCGGAGCUUGAGGACCUCGAGUUUCUCUUUCCGCCGUGCCCGCCAUCUUGUCCAGACCCGGGUAAUCAGGCAUCAUGACUAACACCAGAGGCAAGAGGAGGGGGACCAGGUACAUGUUCAGCAGGCCAUUCCGCAAGCAUGGCCCGAUCCCCCUGUCCACUUACAUGCGCAUCUACAAGAAAGGCGACAUUGUUGACAUCAAGGGCACAGGUACCAUUCAGAAGGGUAUGCCACACAAAUGCUACCAUGGCAAGACCGGGCGAGUGUACAACGUCACCCAACAUGCUGUCGGCGUCAUUGUUAACAAGCAGGUCAAGGGCAAGAUCCUGCCAAAGAAGAUCAACGUGCGCAUUGAGCACGUGAAGCACUCAAAGAGCCGCGACAGCUUCCUGCAGCGCGUCAAAGAGAACGACCGCAAGAAGCUGGAAGCCAAGCAGAACGGCACCUGGGUGGCACUCAAGCGUCAGCCUGCUCCUCCCCGCAAGGCGCACUUUGUCAGCACCAAGAAGAACCAGCCACAGCUGCUGGAGCCCAUCCCAUAUGAGUUCAUGGCAUAAAGUGCUCGUUAAAAUAAAAAUGUUUGUACUCAA